AUGGAGUGGGGAGUGCGUGCGGGAAGCAAUGGGGACACUAGUAGGAGAUAUGAAAACAAAGCUGGGAGUUUCAUUACUGGAAUAGAUGUAACCUCCAAGGAAGCAAUUGAGAAAAAGGAACAAAGAGCAAAACGCUUUCAUUUUCGAGCUGAAGUGAAUCUUGCCCAAAGGAAUGUGGCACUGGAUCGGGACAUGAUGAAGAAAGCAAUUCCUAAAGUGAGACUGGACACAAUUUACAUUUGUGGGGUGGAUGAGAUGAGUACGCAGGACAUAUUUGCCUAUUUCAAAGAGUAUCCUCCUGCUCAUAUCGAGUGGUUAGAUGAUACAUCAU